UUUGUUCUUGUUAUCUUCUUGGCAUUAUUAUAACAUGCUUGUUUGUUUAUGGUUUUGUUCGGUUUUUGUAUAUCUUGUGUAGAAUGAACGAAUAUUUAUGGGAAUUUGCACAGAAUCUGCCGAGUGAUAAUGGAUUUCAAAUUGUCCUGAAGACAGCGUUAGCAACCGCUGCAGCACAGGCAAACUUGGGGAAAACCAACAACAAAUGGAUGUGUCGAAAGUGUAAGACGCUCUGGAUGCACGGCUACUUUCACGUAGACGAGAUUAAAGCCACAGAUAAAUUUGAUAAGGUGUUGUCAACAUAUGAAGUUAAAACAAGUUUGUCCAAGAAACAAAAAACUUAUAUGGAGUAUAUGCAGAGCAGAAGGAACACUACUGUUAAAUAUACGUGUCAUCUAUGUUCGUAUAAAACUAGAGCCACCGUAAUCAACAGUAGCUCAUCAGGUCAGAACCAGCCUAAGAAAGAAUCUGCAACAACAAAAGGAAAAACUAAAACUGACAAACGUAAACCGAGUCGCGAUCGUAAAAAUAGUCUACCGAAACAUGUGUCAGCUCAGUGUGCAGGUAAAAAGAAACAAGCAUCAAUAUUUAGUUCUAAGAACACGAACCAGUUGCAAGCAUUGGCAAACAUGCUUAAAAAGGGUUCUACCGGGAUGUCAUCUCAAGAUCGAUUAAAACUAUUGUUGAAGUGAGGCUUUUAAUUUAUUUUCGUAGUGGUACACGAAUUCUAAAAAGGUGAGUUUUUUGGGUCCCUUGUGUUGUACUCAUGAGUACAUUGUGAACCUCUGUGAAUCAAAAACUUUUCAUUACUUUAGCUCACAUUUCAAAAGGAAACUUAACACUGUGUAAUGUAGUGUAAUAAAGUUGUUAUGUUUAUCGGCAUGAGUUAAGUUUUUAUGCUGUGCGAUAGGCUUUACUGAUUAAAGAUUUUAGCAAACUCCUUAUGUCGCGGAUGCAAGCGAUGAUGCGAAUAUAUCUGUUAACCACUUUUCUCUGCAGGAUUCCUAAUUCAAUGGAAUUUGUUCUUUGACAAUCUGGAAUGAAAUUGUACGUAAAAUAAGAUAGUUAUUAAGUUGUAAUAAGAUUAUUGUCCGAUGAUCAUAUUUACUACGAAAUGAUGAAAGUCAGCAUUCGACUUACUUGUCGUGUUUUCUGCUCCAUGUCCAGAUAUAGAGCUAUUAGUUAAGUUACAUAACAAAAUAAAUUGUCCACCUAAUUGCAAAAUAUAUCGUCAUGUACAUAAGGUUAAAUAAAAGUAACUGAAAAUAA